AUGACUGACGCUGAUGAUACAGACAUGUCCAACACUGAACCUGAUCGCCACCGUCGCUUUGAUGUUCCANCACCCCCGCAAAGACCUCACUUUAUCAAGGAGAAUCAUUGGUCCAAGUUCUCGUCCAAGUUGUCUGCGAAGCUCAAUAGCAGCAAGACUGGAUUCGAUGUCAAGNCUUUUGGCCCAUCAGAUAUCACAGCGUGCAGACUUGGGCCUCCUAGCAAUGCUCCAGACUAUCAACUCUUUCUCGAGAAGUAUGGUCUACAGUGCAUGGAAGCUGCCGGAUUCAUCAACUGCCAAUAUACAGGAAUCGGUGACAAAAUAACAGGGCGUAAGGUCUUUGGUAAUCUUAAUCAAGACCCAGACCUCCAAAAGAGGAUCCAUCCAGUCCUUAGGCGCACACAAUGGGUCACUGUCACUGACCAUCAGUACAACCUGAUGACCCCAGCUUUACUGCUAGCAUCGGCUGUUCUGGACGACCCAGUCACUUUGAACUAUUUUUAUGCUCUGGCUAUGCCACCUGCUUCCAUGGAUACUGUGUCACAUGCUACUGCGGGUCUCACGGCUGAUUGUAAUAUAAUGCGGAUACCGGAUGUGUUGGACGACCACACCCAUCAGGCGAUUUUGAGCCCGCAAGUGGACCAAACACAUUUCGCUCAAGGANUCCGCAUCAAGCCGGCGUACAUCAAUGUGCUAGAAUACCUCGAGGAUCCCAAUGAUGAGAGGAUGAGCGAUCUAUUCGAUGACAUUCAGACCUUUGCUGGUAUUCACAUUUCACGCCGAGCACCAAUAUCUGUCAUGUCAUGCAAAUACCGCAUGUACUUGAGCCUGGCUUCGGUCAUUCUCCAUGAAUUUGCUCACGCGUUCUCCUACGCAUAUCACGGCAGCCCGGACCCAGAUUCUAAUCAUUGUCAAGACCCCUGGGUACCAGGCAACAGGUCCAAUGAACAAGGCUUCGCUUUCGAGAAUUACGUAUUUGGUGGCCUUCUGAAACACAUCAUGAUAUAUCUCCCGCCCAUGAGCGAGAAGUGGGGUACCCUGCAACACGCUGCCGUACCCUUUGGAUUCUAUACUAACCGGCAGUGGGACGUCUGGGCGAGGAACGACCACCGCAAUUACGAGCAAGUCAUGGACUCUGAUCGUCAACUCCCUGCUGACAUUCCACCUGAUCGAUUGUACCCGGUGCCUCAGGAGUGGACGCAGUGGAUGUUUUCGAACGACCUGUGGACUGAUCAGAUUUUACGGUAUGGACUCGAAGCAAUCAAGGUGCCCAAGAUAGAAAAGUGGGAGAUUCGCGACUAUGGUGGAGGCAGAGGAUACCAUGGGACAGGAGAGGAGAGGUGGAGCAACCCGCAGAAUUUAGAGUACCCGCCUACUUGGGACGAGUUCUACGACGACAAAGAUGUCUAG